GGUGAGCAGAAGAGACUUUAAAAAAAACAUUAAAAACCUUACUUUUGACUGGUAGUGUAUGCAAAUUAUUUUUUUUUUUACAAACAAAUCAAACGACUUAAGUGCUUUUCAUUUAUUUUUAUUCUAAACAGGACCCCUGGAAACUAUAUUAUAACUAAAAAGAAAAAAAUAAAAUAAUGGAUGAAAUGCUUCGCCUAGUCAGAUGUUUCAAAUGGUUUCAAUGUAGGGGAGGAGUUUAUAUAAAAAGCUGCGCUCAGUACAUUGUCAGAUGGAAGAGACGCGCUGAACUCUACAUGGAGAAUCACUUUAAUGAUCAAAGCACGGAAUGUUCCGUCAGUUCAGACAGCAACGACUGCCAGAGGGUGGACCAAUAUGGAUUUGAGAGAUCAGAAGAUUUCAACUAUGAAUCCUAUGAGGAGCUAAUGUCAAAGCAUUUAGCUGCUGUCGCUAGAAGGUCAAAGAAGUGGUCGAAACUUUUACAGGACACUGUAAAAGUGGAGAAAAAUGUCAAAGUGAAGCGUUAUGUGAGGAAGGGGGUUCCGUGUGAACAUCGCACUCAAGUCUGGAUGGCAGCUAGUGGAGCUCAGGACCAGUUGGAGAGAAAUCCAGGCUACUAUCAUUCUCUAUUAAAGGCUGAGCAUGACCCUAAAGUAGAAGAGGUUAUACGUGCUGAUAUGCACAGAACCUUUCCUGACAACAUUCAGUUCCGUGCCUCCUCCCAGCCGUGUUUACAGAAAGCCCUGUUUAAUGUACUUCUGGCUUAUGGACACCACAAUAAGGAUGUUGGUUACUGUCAGGGAAUGAACUUCAUUGCUGGAUACCUCCUCAUCAUCACCAAAGAUGAGGAGAAGUCAUUCUGGUUAAUGGAUGCUUUACUUAGCAAGAUCUUACCAGACUAUUACACACCAACAAUGCUAGGGCUUAAAAUGGAUCAAGAGGUGCUUGGAGAGCUUGUCAGGAUGAAGGUUCCUGCUGUCUGGCAGGUCAUGAAUCGCCAUGAUGUAAUGUGGACCCUGGUGGUCUCGCGCUGGUUCAUCUGCCUAUAUGUUGACAUACUUCCUGUAGAGACAGUGUUGAGAAUAUGGGACUGCCUUUUUUACGAGGGAUCCAAGAUCUUGUUCCGUGUGGCUUUGACGUUGAUUCGUCACCAUCAGAACCUCAUCUCACAGGCACAGAGUCUCUCAGAAAUCUGUGAACGCUUUAAACAAAUCACUCACGGGGAGUACGUGGAGGACUGCCAUACAUUCAUGCAGAAAAUCUUUAUGGAGCCAGGAGGCCUCUCUACAGCAACAAUUACUAAACUCAGGAAGAUGUGUAGGAAUCGCAUUACUUCUGCCUAAAACUACUAAAUCCUUCAGACUAAAUGGUGAACAUGGACAUACAGUUCUGACAGCAUGAGAGAUGAGAAUUAAUUACUUACUUAAAAAACUUAACUGUACACUACCAGUUAAAAGUUUUUGAACAAUAAGAUUUUUUUAAAGAAGUCUCUUCUGCUCACCCAGCCUGCAUUUAUUUGAUCCAAAGUACAGCAAAAACAUUAAUAAUUUGAAAUAUUUUACUAUUUAAAAUAACUGCUU